UGUAUGCAUAUAUUCAUAUGGAGAGAAAUAGAGUGAAGAUAAGCGGCCAGUAGUAAUUAUAGUGGGGCAGUUAAAUCGUUUGAUAAUUAGUUCGUUAAUUUUUUUAACUAAUCCUCACUUCACACACUGCACAUACAUACAUACAAUACACACAAAAAAACAAAAACAAAAAAAAUUAAAAAAAAAUUCAGAUUUAUCAGUUCUUCAGAAUCGGCGAAGGAGAAAAUCGGCGACGACAAUGGAUCCAAAUCCGAAGAAUUUCCCGAUCCUCUCCUACGUUAUGGCCAGGCUUCCUUCCAUCCAGCGCACCUUCUCCACCACCGCCGCCGCCGCCGAUUUCGAUUUGGAGAAUCCGCCGGAGCGCGACGCCCGAAGCCAGGAGCCCCACUUCGAGAUCGCGGAGAGAAUGCCGCACCUCAAAAACGCCAAGCUCAUCGCCGCCAUGCGCAGCGCCGUCGCCGACGUGGCGCAGACCCGAUCCGUGCUCAAAACCCUCGGGACCCGGCCCGACCACGAGACCAUCGAGGUGGCCCGAUUUAGGGUUUCCGAGAUCGACGCCCAUUCGUCGAAGGAAUCGGCGGAGGCGAGCGAGGACUACAAGAUUUACAAGGCGGUGAUCUCGCUGGACGAGAUGCACGAGGCGUACGAGAAGAUGCUGAGCGACGCCGAGAGGAGGUUGGAGAGGAUCUACGAGGCGGCGCUGGCGGGGAACGAGACGAUUGAUGAGGAUGUGGCGAGGGAGGUGGUGGAGGAGGAGAUGGACGAAGAGGUGGUGGCGAUUUUGAAGGUGGCGGAAGCUGGAAAGAAGGCAAUUGAGAGGGUUGAUUUAUCCGGAAGAAAGUUGAGGAUUUUUCCCGAGGCGUUCGGGAAGUUGAAGUCCUUGAUUGUGCUGAAUUUGUCGAACAAUCAACUCGAGGCAAUUCCCGAUUCAGUUGCUGGAUUAGAGAAUCUCGAGGAGCUCGAUAUUUCAUCGAAUCUUCUAGAAUCAUUGCCCGACUCCAUCGGUCUGCUGUUUAAGUUGAAAAUUCUCGAUGUUUCCCGCAACAAGCUUACUUCCCUCCCCGACAGUAUUUCUCAUUGCAGGUUAUUGGAGGAGUUGGACGCAAGUUUCAACAAACUCACAUACCUACCAACCAAUAUCGGGUUCGAACUGGUUCAUCUCAAAAAGCUCUCGGUCCACCUCAACAAGAUCCGUUCUCUCCCAGCAUCCGUCGGUGAAAUGAAGUCAUUACGCCUUCUCGAUCUCCAUUUCAACGAGAUCAACGCUAUUCCAAACUCAAUCGGAAAACUGACAAAUCUCGAGAUCCUUAAUCUGAGUAGCAACUUCAGCGACCUGUGUGAACUUCCGGAAACAAUCUGUGACCUAACCGGCCUCAAAGAACUCGAUCUGAGCAACAACCAGAUUCAUGCACUGCCCGACAAAUUCGGUCGGCUCGUGGGUUUGACCAAGUUUAAAGUUGACCAGAACCCACUUGAGGUACCUCCAAAGGAAGUUGUGGCUGGAGGAGUCGAAGCUGUUAAGGCGUAUAUGUCGAGGAGAUGGGAUCAGAUAGUGUUGGAAGAAGAACAAAAACGCGCGAAUGAAGGGCAGGUGCAACCUCAAACUGGGUUGUUGACUAGAAGCACUUCUUGGUUGUCUGAUGUUGUUUCGAACGUGAGUGGUUCUGUUUCCGGAUAUUUGGGUGGAGCAGGAAAAUCGAACACCGACCAAUAUUUGAAUCAGCAGCUAUAACUUCAUUUUUCCAGCAAUUGCCGUUUUUUUUUGCACGACCUUUUGAAGGAAGUUUAAACACUUCUUGAAUAAGACCAAACAUGGCAUCGAAUCAGUAUUUUAUUCUUUCGACUUUUUUUUUUUUUGAUAAUUUUCUUGUUUUCGUUGGCCUUGUAAUGGGAUUUGUCCAGCACUGAAUUUGAUCUGCUGUUUGCUUUACGUUUUUCGUUAUCAACCAAACUAUCGGUUUCAAUUAUCAUAUUUACAUUUCGGAAACUAA